CUAGAACUGCAAGUCCCUGCUUCGGGUGGCACGGAAGAUGUUGGCAAUUUGUUGGAGAAUCAUUUCUCUACUGGAGACGCGAGUCUAGAGGAGAAGGAAAGGGCCCUUUAUGCAGAUACGGCCCCUCGAGACCACCACCUGCUCCCGCAGUGUCCCGACGCGGGGGGGGCUGACAGCUCGGAGCCAGCCACCGCGGGGCUCCCUCCCGCUGCCGCGGGCUCGGGCUCCGAACCUGAAGCCGGCCCGUGCGAUGCCUCGGCCACCGAGUCGGCUCCACCCGGGGAUGCCGCGGGGCCUGGGGAGGAAGAGGAGGGCCCACCCGCCGCAGGCUCCCUUCCUCCCGGAGGAGGGGCCGAGGGGCCCGUGGAAGAGGCAAGGACAGAGCGCGGUCGUGGAGAGGAGCCAGGCCCGGCGGCGGGGGCGGGGGGAGCCGAGGGGCUGCGAGCAGAGGGUCCCGCGCAGGAAGCAGCAGCGGCGGCCGCUGCGAGCACAGAGGGGGACCAGGUGGGCGCCCUGGAGGUGGAAGACCAGGGCAGCCCGGGAUCGAAUCACCAUGCCCCUGAUGGCACGGCUUCUGGAGGAGAGUCAGAGGCUGGCAUAGACACAGCAGCCAGACAGGGCGCAGAGGACCAGACCCAGGCGCAUGCCCCACAGUCAGAAGAUGAAGCCGCCUCAGGGUCUGGCCACCUGCCCGCCGGGCUAGAUGGAAACCCUGACCCCAUGUCUGCUGGGAUGGAGGCAGAGGCAGAGCAGGAAGCCGGGCAGGGGACGCAGGAUCCACCGCAGAUCCUUGCUCCACACACAGAAGACCACGGCGGCCCAGGGCCUGGUCAUCAGCCCACAGGGCUAGAUACUGCUCCGGAUGCCAAGGACCGGGAAGGUCCCAGCCCUAGCCAGGAGCCAGGCUCAGCCACCGAGGCCGGAGAAGAGUCUGGAAGAAUCCAGAGCUCUAGGGCUGGGGAGAUGGAGGAGGACCAACCUGCUGAGGGCCAGGUGCCAGGGGUCCCCGAGCAGGGUCCCGAGGAGGCCUCUUCCGAAGAAGAGAGUGGUGAAGAAGCCGAAAGCAAGGAGGAAGGAGGAGUUCCAUCCGAGGAGGGGUCUGGAGAAGAGAGCGGUGAUGGGGCUAGCUCAGAAGAGGAGGCUGCGCAGCCCCAGGAAGCAGGAGGAGCUACAGGCCCUGGGGAAGAAGGGGCCCAGCCAGGUGCCCAGGAUUUGAGGGCAGAGUCGGAGGGUGAUGCGACCCAGGACACCGAGGCAGAGGAGCCCAAAGAGGGGCAGCGGGAGAAGGGGAAUCCUGUAAUUGCACGGGGUAGGAAUUAA